AUGUCCGACGAAUGCGGUUGCGACGGUGGGGCCGACACUCAGUCAGUCAUGAUGGCGCUUGGCGCGGAUGGCGAUGGCGGGUCUCCCGGCAAAUCUGGCACCGACAGUGAUGACCAGCCGUGCCCUGGUUGCAACAGGACUCGGGAUGGGAAGUGCUUCUUCAACGCUGGUGCGAAGACGCCUUGGGCUUUCCCCAACGGGCGCGGCCCGUGGUGCAAGGACUGUCACGGGUGCUACAGGCUGUUCUUCUCUGAGACUAAGACCCCUGUCGCUUUCAGGGCGCGCCUGCAGACUGAGGAUGGCAGAGCAAAAUGGAGCGUGUACCUCGUUGCCUACAUCAGCCUCCGCUACGAGAUCCGUGACGGCCGCAUUUCCAGGACAGCAGGUGGCGCCAGGGUGGGGGUCAUCAAGUGCCUCUUCAACAUCUUGCGCAUGUCCACCCAGCCGUUCGUCAUCCAGACGUUGGCCAAAUGCAUUGCAGACGGCGGCAGCACCGAGAACUUGGUCACGAUCAGGGGCGACGACGGGAAGUGCAGCCUCGGCGUGUUCAAGACGGCCAUCGAGGCCGUCUCCGACGUUGGUUGUUUCCACAUCGACCUCGGCAGUUUCGACGCGACCGCGAAGCUCAUCAGGCCCAUGUUCAGCCAUUCCGAGGCGGAUGUCGACAUGCGCAGGGCCGCGUUCGACGGGGCCGCCAAGGCGGACUCAGUGAUUGUCCGCGCUGGCGCCGCAGGCAGGGUUCUCGAGCAGGACCCGGGGGUCGCCAUGCUGGAUGCGCAGCUCGCCGCGAUCAUCAAGACGUUCGAGGUGUUCUCACAGGUCAACUGGUCCGAUGUCGCGAAGGAGUCGAUGAUCACGCCCUUGCUGGGCAAGCUGGGUCAGCUGAGGAUCGCUUUUGUUUCGGAGUCCAGGGGCGACCUCGUCGAUACCAUCGACAGGUGGACACGUACUCUGACAGGCGCCAAGACGGCCUUGAAGCAGCAUCGGACUUUCAAGAAGUCUAAGACCUACGCCAACACGGUUGCCAUGUCAGAAGAGUUGCCUGAGCUCGCAAAGACGUUGCGUGAUUGCAUGAACAUACAGCCGCACCCGUCCUUCAUCUCGAUCGCCAGUAAGGCAGUCUACCUAAAGCUGAGCCGGCAGCCAAAGAGCUUCCUUGAUACCCUCACUGCGCUGAACGCUGAUCCAGUGUUUGCUGCCGUCGCAGACGCCGCCGACCCGAACACGCUGGACAUGUGGAUGAACGGCUUGUUUAGCAUGUACUUUGUCAACAUUGGUUUGGAUGAGGACGGCGCAGCCACUGAGGACGACAUCACUCAGAAGGUGAAGGGCAUCUCUGCGGACCUGGUGGGCGCGCACGAGGUGUUGAAGGCGUUCGAUGACAAGUUCAAGUCGCGCAAGUUCGUGAGCGAGCUCUCGAUGAUAUGUUCUCUCCUCCAGCUGUGUGUGGCGACGCGCAUGGUCUCUCCCGAGUUGGCAGCGCCAGGCCCGUCGAUCGUGCGAUGGGCCAGGGACGGCGUGCAGUCUUCCGAGCGCUUGCGGGACAUCAGCAAGAAGAUGAAGAAUUCAGUGAUCGGCCAGGAG